AUGGCAGGGAGUUCGAAUCUGGCCACUCCGCUGCUGAAGCCCAUCGAAACAAGUCAAGUAUUCGGCACCGAAGCCCCUUCUGAGCGGUCUGUGCGCGCCUGUUUCCAACGCUUCAAAGCCGGAAUCAAGAAAUUCGAAGAUGAGCCUCGCUCUGGUCGACCGACUGCAAUACCGUUCGACGAACUGAAGAAUCUGACGGGGCAGCAUUCAUAUGAAGGUGUGUGGUAUUUUGCUGCCAGUCUUGACUGUUCGCUGUCCACCGUGAGCAAUGGACUGCGAUCUCUCUGA